UGCCCAACUUAUCAGCACAAUAUUUUUGUUAUCACCUCACUCGCUUAGAGACUUACUCUGCUCACAUCACACUCAUCUGCUAGGAUUUUGGGCAGAGAUGCAUUGUGCGUCUCUGGAAAACAACAAUAGGCAACCAACCUUUCCAGGAGAGCCUCAUGCGCGAAGAAAAAUCAUUGCACAAGUUGCUCAUGGACCGCCCUGCCAAGAGCAUCACAGAGCUGACCGAGCGCACCCUCAAUCUCUACUGGGCCAGUAGAACUGGCAACCACAAACUCGCCUUAACCCUUCUGAAGCGGGGUGCUGAUCCUCUGGUUUGUCAUCCGGACAGCGGUGAAGGCCCUCUCCACGCUGCCGCCUACCACGGCCACUUCAAAGUGGUCGAAGCCCUGCUGGAAAAUGGCUCCGGCCCCAAUUUCAAGACGGCCUUUCCCGCGGAGGAAACAGCCAUGCACAUUAUCCUCCGCAACGGCAGUCCCUCCAAGUCCUUGUGGACCAAAGCCCGCGAGGAAAAGUGUUUUCGCAGCCUCCUCGCCGCGCCUAAUUUUAACGUGGAUAUUUGCGACGGCUCCGGGAUGACUUUGGUUCACCUGGCGGCCAAACUCGGCCUGUGGAACUUUGUCGAAAUGCUGCUCGAACAUCAACCCAACCUGGACAUUCACAUCGAAGGCGAGACGGCGCGCGAUCUGAUAUUGACAAACAGUGGGCGCGAGUGGACGAAUUUGCCGCGACGGAAAUCGGUCAGCCAGAUCAUAACAGAGCAGCAACUUUUACUCAAUUACCUCCGAGAUAAAAACGAAAAAGAUUUCAUUGAGCUGCUGCAGCAUUUGGUCGGAGGGAGGAUGAGCAAAGUGGAUUUGCAGAUUUGCCUGAAGACGGCUUGCAGUUACGGCUGCUUGAAUGCGGUACAGAAUUUGCUGCACUUUGGAGCUGAUCCGAAUGAUUUUGUUUACGAGCCACCAGUGAUUAUCGCAGCCAAGCUCGGACACGCAAACCUGUUGGAAACUCUUUUAGAGACAAAGAAGGUCGUUUUAAAUAGAUGCGACCAUCCCUUGUGGCAAAGAGGCCCUUUGCACUUAGCUGUAAUCUCGGCCGCAACGUCCUCCAACCCUGACUUCACUCGCUGCAUCCAACUUUUAUUAGACAAAAAGUACGGACUGGACGUGAACAGUGUCGACUUUCGCGGAAACACAGCCCUCCACUACGCAGCAAAAAGCACGCGGCAGGACUUGGCGCGUCUCAUUUUGCAAACCGGGUGCAACAUUUUCGUCUGCAACCAGCACGGCGAGCCUGGAUUUUUAAACGUGUCCAUCAAUGAUGUCCAAAAUUACAUGGAUGGUUUCAUUGCCCAAAGAGGCUUCACGGAGAAAAACCACAGCCUGGAAUUGGACUAUCAGUUUUUAAAGCAAAAAGAGACGCAGAGUUUGGAAAUGCAACCUAUGCUGUUACUAAGCAGAUCCAAAGUGCAUAGGGUGUUGCUGAAACACCCUUUGAUCACUUCGUUUUUGCACCUUAAGUGGCAGAAACUUAAGUGGUUUUUCUACCUGAAGUUCUUGGCCUACUUUCUGUUCACGGUUUCGCUGUCGUUGCACAUUUAUCAUUAUGUGCAGUUCAUCCCCAGUAGUCCUGAUUCGCCAUACAGAUUAGCGGCCAACUCUAGACACAAUUACGUCAGAUGGAUCAGCGUUCUUUUGCUUGCGAUAUUCAUUUUUGGCGAGGUUUUGGAGGCAUCCGUUUCGAUAAAAAAGUACCUGAACAGUUAUGAGAAUUGCCUUAAAAUGGUUCUCAUCGCUCUCUCGAUGGUGCUCCUGUUCACCGAGAUCAACCACUACGCGCACCAGGUCAUCUCCACUGCCACCAUCAUUUGCGCCUACACAGAGUUGGCCCUGCUGAUCGGCACGCACCCACGCUUCGCCACCUACAUCAACAUGUUCCUCCGCGUCUCACGUAACUUCAUCGGUUUCUUUUUCCUCUUCAGCUUUCUAAUUUUCGCCUUUGCUUUUUCUUUUUUCGUCCUUUUCCACGAUUGCGAAAACAAAGAGGAAAAUUGCAAAUUUUUCACCACUUUGGGUGGCUCGAUUUUUAAAACCGUCAUUAUGCUUUCGGGUGAAAUGGAGGCGGAAAAUUUGGAAACAAAUCUUUUUGGCUAUAUUUUAUUUCUGGUUUUUGUCCUUUUCGUGCCCAUUUGUUUGCUGAACCUGAUGACCGGUUUGGCCGUGAGCGACAUCGCCGCCAUCAGGGAAGAGGCGGAAAUCGGUCUGGUCGCCGCCAAGGUAGAGUUGUACGCCAACAUUGAGUCAGUCCUACUGGGUAGGACCUUCCGAGGACUCAGGUGCAACCCUUUACUCUGUUGUCUGAACUGCGACUGUUUCAUGGAGCGCAAAAUCCGUUUGCUGGGAUAUUCCUUAUCGGAUAACAAACUAGUUUGGUUUUUGGAUUUAGACAAUAAAAUGGAACCGGAUUCAAACGAGAUUACUUGGUUUUCAAAAAUCGUGCCUGCUUCACUGAAAAAGUAUCGAAGAAUGGAGUGGUUGGCCAUUGUGGAGGAGGCCCAGAAUAUUGUUCUGGCAAGGAACAACAGCGAGCAAGAGAUCAGCGCGAUUGCUGCUUUGGAAAGAAAGAUAGAUGAUAUGAAUAAAUUAUUAAAAGAGCUUGCUGAAACUGUCAAAAAUUGAAAAUGACUUAAUUUGUAAUAAUUAGAACCUGUGAUACAAUACAUUUAACGA